CACUCCCCAGACGGAUGAGUCAGAACUCAGGUUGGGACGAGGAGGAGGAGAACACGAUUUGGAGAAUGAUAUUCGUGAUUUUGUCCCGAUGACAGCGCGAGUGAAAAGAGAGGACAUGAGCUCUCCACUUCCCGACCAUUCUCAUGAAAGUUGGAUUGACCUUUCAGAAACAAGUAUCGAAAUCAAGAGCGAACCCCCUACCCAAACAAACGCGUCGGAAUCCAAGUUCGUCGAACAUAUUCGAACGCACGCUAGUGAGAACCCAUUCGCUUGCGGCGAGUGUUCGAGCCUUUUUUCUUCUGAAAGCGCUUUAACAACACACAUGCAAACGCACGAUGGCGAGAUACCAUUCAAUUACAGUCAUUGCUCCUCCUCAUCCAGUAUUGAAGAUAAUUUAAAGAAACACAUGCGAACGCAAACUGGUAAUGAGAAGCUACUUAGUUGCAAUCAUUGCUCCUCCUCUUUCAGUAGUAAAGACGAUUUAAAGAUGCACAUGCGAACGCACACUGGUGAGAAGCCAUUCAGUUGCAGUCAUUGCACGGCAUGCUUUUCUCACAAAAAGUCUUUAACGGAACAUGUUCUCACGCACACUGGUGAGAAACCAUUCAGUUGCAGUCAUUGCUCCUCUUCUUUUAGUAGGAAAGACACUUUAAAGAUGCACAUGCGAACGCACACUGGUGAGAAACCAUUCAGUUGCAGUCAUUGCAUGGCAUGCUUUGCUCAAAAACAUAUUUUAACGACACAUAUUCGCACGCAUACUGGUGAGAAACCAUUCAGUUGCAAUCAUUGCUCCUCCUCUUUCAGUAUUAAAAACAAUUUAAAGAUACACAUGCGAACGCACACUGGUGAGAAGCCAUUCAGUUGCAGUCAUUGCUCGGCAUGCUUUUCUAACAAAAGGUCUUUAACGGCACAUGCUCUCACGCACAUUGGUGAGAAACCAUUCAGUUGCAGUCAUUGCUCCUCUUCUUUCGGUAGGCAAGACAAUUUAAAGAUGCACAUGCGAACGCACACUGGCGAGAAACCAUUCCGUUGCAGUCAUUGCAUGGCAUGCUUUGCUCAAAAACAUAUUUUAACGACACAUAUUCGCACGCAUACUGGUGAGAAACCA